UUGAUGAGAAAAACAUUGCCCACAUUCGUUUUCUGGUAUGCCGUCUUGAAUUUGGGGCGACAUUUCGACUGACCAGCCAACUUUCGAACUUCGAGCCCGUCAUCCACGCAACAUCCUUACCACCAACACCAGAGACCUUUGCGCAAUUCAUUUCCACCACCUAUGUUGAUCCUCGAAACCUGCAAGUGGUCACAGCAACUCGACUAUGUCGUCCGAAACCGCAAGAGUUUCUCGAUGAUAGCCUCUCUCCCCCAGUAAGCACCGAUUCAGCAUCAAAACGCUGCAUAGCAACUGCGGUUAGAUGCCCUUAACGCGGUCACGCCCACCUACCCUUCACUUCGCGACCCUCUCCGACGCGAUCCACCACGGCCGCAAAUUUUUCUUCUUGUUGCAACCUUCAAAGCUUCCAGAGCCUUGAUAAGUCAAGAUGGCGACCUCCCCUGAAGAUGUCAUCAAGACUGCCCAACCUGGAAGGAAAGGGGUGCAGAUCCGAGAAAUUGUAUCACAGCCUGUCGCUGCUGCAUUUUGUGCCGGUGGUGUUGCCGGAGCCGUCUCGCGAACCGUCGUAUCUCCCCUCGAGCGAUUAAAGAUUCUGUACCAAGUCCAAAGCGCCGGCCGUAACGAGUACCAAAUGUCGGUGGGCAAGGCAUUGAGAAAGAUGUGGAGGGAAGAGGGCUGGAAAGGCUUCAUGCGCGGUAACGGCACAAAUUGCAUCCGCAUAGUCCCGUACUCUGCCGUCCAGUUUGGCAGCUAUAACCUCUACAAGAAGCACUUCUUCGAGAAGUAUCCUGGCGCCGGCUUAGGUCCUGUUGAACGACUCCUCUGUGGUGGUGUUGCUGGCAUUACUUCCGUGUUCUUCACGUAUCCUCUGGAUAUUGUACGCACGAGAUUGUCGAUCCAAAGCGCAUCCUUCGCUGCCCUUGGUGGCAAGCCCAAGGACAAGCUUCCUGGCAUGUGGCCAACCUUGGUUGCAAUGUACAAGCAGGAAGGUGGUCUUGCUGCGUUGUACCGCGGUAUUUUGCCAACUGUUGCUGGUGUUGCCCCAUAUGUUGGACUGAACUUCAUGACGUACGAGUUUGUGCGCAAGUACUUGACGCCCGAAGGAGACAAGAAUCCCAGUGCAUCCCGAAAAUUGCUUGCUGGUGCCGUAUCCGGUGCGGUUGCGCAGACUUGCACGUAUCCUUUUGAUGUGCUGCGUCGAAGAUUUCAAAUCAAUACAAUGUCAGGCAUGGGCUACCAGUACAAGUCGAUAAGCGAUGCUGUGCGUGUCAUCGUCACUCAAGAAGGCAUCCGUGGUCUUUACAAGGGAUUGAUGCCUAAUCUACUCAAGGUUGCCCCCAGCAUGGCGGCCAAUUGGUUGAGUUUCGAAAUGACCCGCGAUUUCUUGGUAGGCCUCAAGCCAGAGCCUGUCACCUUAUAGACGAGGUUCGGAUCCGGAUUUGGUUUUGGAUACUAUCCUGGAACGCUUCUAGACUGUACUCCAAACGCCACAACUGCAGCAACCUCCCCGUCUUGAAUAUCCGAGACAUUUCUUAUUGUCAGAUUGAGACACCGGAGCCAGGUCUUAGGACGUAGGGCCCAUUCUACUACAGAACUUACAAAGGGGCGUUAGCAUCAUCCGGAAGGCUAGAAAAAGAGGCAUAGAGCACCC